AUGAUCGGCAGACUGGCUUCUUUGAUUCUUCUAAGUACACUGUCUGUGACUGAAAUGAAUGAGGUUCCUCAGCAGAUCUCUGUGACUGUGGUUAAACUUGGAGAUAAUGUGACUCUGACAUGUGUCGCCUUUGAACGAGGGUUGUUUUACUGGUAUAAGCUGAAUUAUGGAUAUAUGAUUCAAACAGUUGCUAGCAGAAAUUGGGACAAAAUAUUAUUUCAAACUAACAACUCAAGAUUCAGUGCCACAAAAGUGGAUAAUAUCUAUUCUCUUACCAUAAGAAAUGUAAGCAAAGAAGAUGAAGCAACAUACUUCUGUCAAGCGGGAUCACAAUACAGUAUUACCUUUAUUAAUGGCACAAUUUUGGCAGUGAAUGAUCCUAAAACCCAGCAUAAAUUUUUCACAGUAAAACAAACUCCAGAUGUGAAUUCAGUACAUUUGGGAGAUACGAUGACUCUGCAGUGUUCGCUCCUCUCUGAGAACAAAGAUGACACAGAUCAGUGUCCAGAUGAAGACAAAGUGCACUGGUUUAAAGGUGCAUCAGACGUCCAUCCAGGCGUCAUUUACCACGGCAGUAUUAGAAAUAAAGAGGACGGGACAUGUGACUACAGUCUGUCCAAAACUGUAACAAACUCAUCUGAUGCUGGGAUCUACUACUGUGCCGCGGUGACACGUGGACAGAUCCUGUUUGGUGAAGGAACUGAAGUGGAGAUAGAGGAGUUCCCGCUCGUUACUGUGCUCGGGGCACUGCUGACCUGCUCUGUGCUUUUGAAAAUUGCACUGAUUCUCCCCAGAAAAAAAAUCCAACCUCGUAAACACCGCGAAGGAAAAGUAGAAGUCUUUACUGAUGUCAAACAGGAAAAAUCAUCUGGGGAUCAAAUGAGUAACGAGGAAGGUGAAGAAGCAGAACUGAACUAUGUGGCUCUGGAUUUCCCCUCAAGAAAAUCCUCAAGAUGGAAGAGUAGGAAGGAGUCAGCAGAGAGCACCAUAUACUCUGGCAUCAGAGAGGGCCGGUAA